UGCAGUCAAGUUCUGAUCAGAAGUAGAAUCCUGAGGGAAAAUGGCAGAUAUAUCCCAAAACAGUCCUUCCUCACAAGGAAAUAUUAUUUUAACAACCCAGAUGAUGGAUUUUUCAAGAAGACCAAGAGAAAAGUUGUUCCACCUUCCCCCAUGACUGACCCCACUAUGGUGAUGGAUAUGAUGAAGGGCAAUGUGACCAAUGUACUUCCUAUGAUCCUUAUUGGUGGUUGGAUCAACUGGACCUUCUCUGGUUUUGUUACCACCAAAGUUCCAUUUCCUUUGACGCUGCGUUUUAAGCCUAUGUUACAGCAGGGAAUUGAGCUACUCUCACUGGAUGCUUCCUGGGUGAGCUCUGCAUCGUGGUACUUUCUGAACGUGUUUGGGCUCAGAAGCAUGUAUUCUUUACUCCUGGGACAAGAUAAUGCUGCAGACCAGUCUCGUGUUAUGCAGGAACAGAUGACGGGUGCUGCAAUGGCAAUGCCUCCUGAUACAAAUAAAGCAUUUAAGGCUGAAUGGGAAGCUUUGGAAAUCACGGAUCAUCAGUGGGCCUUAGAGGAGGUUGAAGAGGAACUCAUGGCCAAGGACCUAAAUUUUGAAGGGAUGUUCAGCAAAGAGAUUGAGACAUCAAUGUUCUGAAGCAUCUUAACCAGUGGCCCCAAUCAUAACCACCUGCUACGAUAACUUCUGUUUGUAAUAAGACUGACAUUUCUGCUGAAGUCUUAAAAAAGUCACUUGAAAGUAUUAGAAACAUUUGUUACCGCUUCAAGUUACACAAGCCACUAAUUUGACACUUUACUGUGAAUUCAGAAGUUCCGUGUAAUCGGGGUCUUGUACGGAUACUAUACAAGAAUAGAUUGUGUUGUUUGUUCCAACGCUUGUUGGAAUUGAAUCUCAUUCAAUCCAUAAAGAUGCAAAUUAUUUAGAAGCCCUUAGUGUCUCUGACCAAAUGUACUUGAUUCACUUUUGUUUAUAAAAGUAUAAAGCAUAAUAUUCUCAUGGACAUAAAUGUGUUUCUUUAGGUUAACGUGUUGCAGUAUGUUCUAUUCAGUUAGUCCUGCAUUGGUUCAGAGUUUAGAAAUGAACUGUAUUUUGUGUGUCUGUAUGUUGGCAGCUAUCAAGUUCUCUUUUUUUCCUCUUAUUAAUGCUAUAGGAAUUGGAGUAAAUAACUCAAUUUGAGUUCUUUUUCGCUGGAUUGGGCGUUGAUAUCUUGGUUGCUGUAAUGAAAAAUUAAAAAUGCAGGUCACAUAAUACAAAGUUUGGCUUUUUGAAGUGGUUUGGAAACUAUUUUGUGUCUGGCAUAAAAAGCCCCAAUUAAUCUAACAUAGCCAGUUUUUAUUUUAAAAGAUCAACUAAAGAUUUCUUCAAAGCUGAGUUUGGCUCUGCAAACGCAAGGAAAUUGUGUUAAACCAAGAAAUGGCAACUUGUGAAAUCAAAUAGAUUAAAUACUUCCUUCAAUUUAAUUGUACACUUUUUGGUUUUCUAAUUCCUGUAAUUUCACAUCUCACUGCCAUCAUAGAAUGGUAACCUUUAGAUGACUAUUGACUGUUAUCAUGCAUAAAACGAAAUCUGUAUUUGAUGUUCAAAUGUUGAAGUAAUGCUUGUGAUAUUCUAAAAUGCCAUAGUUUUGUUUCAGGUUUUGCUUCAGCAAUGUAAUCGUGCUGAGGUUCUGGGCUAAGUUUUAGAGACCAUCCCCAGUGGGAAACGAUGCAAAUGGAACUCUAAAUUAGGGCACUACGCCAUCAGCAGUAUGCUCAACCACACCCCCAUCCAGCUGCAAUUUUUACGAGCAGUGAGGGAGGCAUCGGGUAAUUCAAUUGCCCCAAUCCAAUUGAGGCUCUCUACUGAUCAAUUACCCUCAUCCCACAUCACUCAGAUUUAAUUAGCAGCAAGAGACACUGGCACACAACAUAAAACCUGCCUAGUUAAAUAUGGGUUGGCUUUUACCAGGCUGCCUGGCCGCUCGAAUUGGAUGCUCCUUUACACAGUUUUAACUCACUAUGUUCACCCUGUACCUCCCCUCGUUCUCCCUGGCUACAGCAAGAUCCCAGGCACGCCUGAACACUAAUUUCUUGUCUACUUGCAACACCAGCAGUGAUCAUCAUUCCUGCUGACAUUGCCUGUGUGCAGAGCUUCAGCUUCCAAUUGGCCAGCAGUUCUGAAGCAUGACUACGUCCCACAGACUAAGUCCUCACUAAUUAUAAAUGGCCAUUGAUUGCUGGAAAAUUAAAACAUGGUGAAACAGACAGAGGCAUGCUCAUGCCCAUGUUCGCAUUGAGUGGUAGGGACACCCUCUUUGAUGUAUAAUUCAGCCCCAUGUUUCAGUAGUUUGAAAUAUUUGGCUUAGUAAUAACAGUUUGAAGUUAAUUCAUCUAGUAUGUAUAUUUCUUCUAACACAUGAAGUCACAAUACCUGCUUGGUUUGGAUGGAAAGAAAUUUGGCUGAUGCCUCUUCAAUCUUCGAACCUCUGUAACCCUACAUAGUUAAAUAAUUGGUAAGGUGUACAUAUCUGCAAAGUCCCAAGUUUAAUUUCCAAGUUUGCAAUUUGCAAUUCCUCCAUGAGAAGUCUUCACUUGGUCUCCACCUACUUUGUCUGCAAGGGGGGAAAUCACCUAGGGUUUCUGUUUUUGACUACUAUGUUGAUGGGCUUGAGCAGAUUGGUGUUGCAUCGUACAGUACAAUAGCACACUGGUAUGCACGAUCAAAGCCUUUAUGUGAAGACUGAGCAACAUUUUGUCAACAGUGAGAAAAUAACUCGACGAGAAAUGGAAAAAAUUAGUUACGUUGAUAUAUUUGACUUCAAAAUUUAUUCAGCAAUUUCCAACAUGGUAGUUCUGUUUGUGGGGAAACCCCAAGCAAUGGAAAUAUAUUUGAAUUAAGAUGCCAAAUUCGUACCCAUUUUUCCAAGUUUUAGUUUGCCCACUGCUCAGACCUUGGACCAAAUCAUAAAAAUGACAUUCUCAUUGUUUCCAAAUCUAAUAUGAAGUUUGUCUAAAUUUAAAUGAAUCCAACUUUCUUUUGUAUGUCUAAAAACUUUGGUUUGUAAUCAGUUUCUGCUUCCUGGAGUGAUUUCUAGCAUGCCUCAGGCAGAAGCUAUUAGGAAAAUAGAGCUUUGCAUUUUUGCUUUGGUAUGGCCCACAAUAAAUGUUGCAUUUAGCCUUUCAUUUGACUUUUCUAUAUUAUCUCCCCUUCCCUGCUUUCCUGAUGGAGAUGUUUUACCAGUUGGCUAUGGUCUUGGAGAUGCAGUUAGCUCUUGUAUGUAUUCUUUACUUUUAAACCUAGAAAGUGAUGAUGACAAACAUUUUGAUAAUUGGUGGAAGCAAAGUUGAGUUGAAUUCCUUUACUUUCCAUAAUCCGUCCAGUUUGUCAAGAUCUUGACACUAAUGCAAAUCAUGCUUCAACAUACCUUUAUUAAGUUGGGUAAAUGCCAGCAAUUGAACCAAGGCAUUAUUAUGCAUUGUAGCUCCUGAUUGGCAUCUGACAAUGUUCCUGCAGUCUGAGACACUUAGGCAACCUUUGUAGGCCAUAUUGUUUUCAAAAAGUCAGCUUGAUUUUAUAAAUUAAUUGCAUGUUAUUUUCAGAUUUAUUGGCUAUCAUAAAUUAAAGUCCCAUGGUUCUGUUCAUUGCUACAAUAUAAAUGAGUAAUGCUGAGAUUGAUGCAAUUGGUAGCAAAAUGCACAAAGUAGUGUAUUAAUGUUCCAUUUAAAAUCUCCUUCAGUUUGUAUCGUACCUAAAUUUGAAUGAUGUCUUGGUGUAGCUGAGUUACUCAUGUAUAUCUUGUGCAGCUAUUCUGUAAAUCAGAAUGAUUUUGUACUGUCAAUAUCUACUUGCCUACCCUGUCCAAUGGAAAUUUCACAAGAUGCAACAGGAGGCAUGCAAAAAGCACCACAUGGUCAUCUUCUGAGCAGGUAGGUCAAAAAUGGGAUGGUAGCUGCUUUCUCAUAGGAUGCAGUGUCAUGUUUUCUGGCUUUCUUUGAUCUUUUCAAACCACCAAUCUCGCUCUCUUUCUCUCUUUCCUUUUGACCUGGCAGUUAGGAGCUGAACAAGAGUAGCCCAAGUACAAACAAUUCCUCUACAAUGAAAGAUAUUAGAACUGAAAACAGCUUAGACAGCAUUGUACUUCCAAAUUCAGUUUCACGUGCUUCAUUAAAGUCUUGUUGACUGUUUUUGGCUUCCUGAUCUGCGUUCAUUUUUCGCUGCUGUCAGUAAUGAAACAUGGAGUUUUGGUCCUCUGCUUUAGGUCCAACAUCUUUUGCUCUUACGUCCUGUUUUAGCUGCUCUGUUUUUAAUAGUUUUAGCAGAUUACAAAAUCAAAUGAUUAACUUCGUAUCUGUAGUUUAAAAAAAACUCUGAAAUAUUCAGCACUAUCCUAAUCCAGCAGUUUCCUGAUAUGACAUCUAGUUAUCUGCAGUUCACUUGUGAAAUUCAUUGUCUUGUCUUAGUUUAGUGUUUUAAUUUCAUGUGAGUUUUGACUGUGUAAAAAUGUUUGUUGCCAGUUUCAUUCCAGGAGAGGGGAAAAAAGGAGUCCUCUUCAAACUGGUUAAAACUUGCUUUUAUUUUCAGUGUUUUACACUGGUUCUAAGUCCACUUGAAUAGUUUUAAUGUUCAAUUAGCUAUUUAUUAUUAAAAAUACAUUUAUGGUUGUCAUUAAGUGAAGUCCAACUAUGAGUCAUAUGCUUUGUUUUAUGAGUAAGUAACAGCAAAUACAUGUGACAAAAUGCCUCUCUUGUUUGCAACAUUAGAAUCUUGCACCUCCUUGACUUCCCAAAAAAUGACUGUGGUUUGCUUUUACUCUGAAACUACUUUUAAGCCCUUGCAUGAUUUCUGAGAGUGUACUUGAUGACUUAGUAACAACUAGGUAAAAGAUUGUAACCUCUGAGAUCAAUGGUUAAAUUUACUUUCUGUAUUCAUACACAUUUCUCUGUCGAUACCAUUUUUUUUUUGCAAGAAUGAAUAUCUGCACUAACAGGGUUAUUGACUGAGCUCCAGUGGCAGUGACCCUGAGCAUUCAUGCAACCAUACUGUAGUUUCUAUUUGAGCUUCUAAACACAUUAAGGUUUUAAAAAACAUUUUGCAUAGCUAGUUGUUGGUCUAAAAGAAAGCUCUCAAGUUUUUGUUUCUGAUUCAUGUUAUUUAAAUAAUUGAGAUUGCAAGAUAACUUUCAAUAGUUUUUCUGAAGUGGGAGUGCAUGUGAUGUCAUCUCGGAUUAUUUGUUGAAUUUAUUUCCAUCCUCUCAGAAAUUUGUCAAUUGGAGGAGUUGUAUAAAUUGUAUCUUUACCUGUUGUUGAUUACAUUGUCUUAUCAAAAAUAACCAAUGCAAGAUGCUCUUGUGGUGCAGAGGUAGAGCCCCUAUCCCUGGAUUGAGAGGCCCAGGUUCAAGCUCCACUCACUGCUGAGGUAUGUAGUUACAUCUAUGAACAGGUUGGUUAGAAAAGUAGGUUAAAUUUUUUUUUUAAAAAUCAACGAACAUGGACUCUGAUAAAUCCAGAGCAGUGAAUCAAAACUGAAUAUUCUUAGGGUCUGAAUGGACAUUGUCAGUGGUUAAUUAUAAACUUUAUACUCAUCCAGGCUAAUGCUUCCUCAAACUUUGACAAUAGAAGGUGAUUUUUAAUCUGCUUAAGUGCAAAUGAAUACUAUUUUUGUGACCAGGUUCUAAAUUAAGAAUGGCCACAAAAGCAGUGUACUAGAGAACAGCUGGUAUACCUUAGCAAAAGUCAACACUCUGAGGAAGGCUUUUGAUUGUGUACAGACAUGUUACUUAAGUGCGCUCCACUUUUGUCUAAGAUUCACUUUUGGUGCAAAACCACCAGCUGAUGUUACAAUAGCUAAUUGGCAAGAUUUUCAAACGAUGACAAGAGAACAUUCUGCUUUGCAAAUAUAUUGUUAAGCUUACAUAUGCUUUACAUAAGGCCUUCUGAAACAUGGAAGAUGUGAAAAUCUGUAAAACCUAGAUGGCUGAAUGUGCAAUCUGUUGAAUGUAACUGAUCUUUGUAUGAACUGCUGAUCUUAUUCAUUGUCUGGCUUGCAACUACACUGUCAUUUUAUACACCCUCUCAAAAAAAAACUCUUAAGAAUCCUGUUCUCAGAUUCUAUCUAUUGUUUUGCAGACAAAAAUAAACAGUUUUGUAUGAAAUGUUA